AUGGUAGUUUUGUUACAGCCAGUCACUUUGGAUAGCCACCUCUGUGUUAACCCAAAAUGCAAACCGAGUCCGGUAUUAAUCCCGGUUGUAGACUUAACCGACCCAGAUGCCAAAACUCAAAUUGUCAAGGCAUGCGAGGAGUUCGGGUUCUUCAAAAUCGUAAACCAUGGGGUCCGACCCGAUCUUUUGACCCAAUUGGAGCAAGAAGCCAUCAAGUUCUUUGCUUUGCAUCAGUCUCUCAAAGAUAAGGCGGGUCCACCCGACCCGUUUGGGUACGGUGGCAAACGCAUCGGACCCAAUGGUGACGUGGGUUGGGUUGAGUAUAUUCUCCUCAAUGCUAAUACUCAUCUUUCGUCUACCAAAACCAACGCCGUUUUCCAGCAAACCCCUGCAAUUUUCAGAGAGGCGGUGGAAGCAUACAUAGAGGAGAUGAAAAGAAUGUCAAGCAAAGUCCUGGAGAUGGUAGCAGAAGAGCUAAGGAUAGAGCAAAAGGAGAAGCUGAGCAGAUUGGUGAAGGUGAAGGAGAGCGAUUCGUGCCUGAGGAUGAACCAUUAUCCAGAGAAGGUUGAUGAUACUACGGCGAAGGAAGAGAUUGGUUUCGGUGAGCACACGGAUCCACAGUUGAUUUCAGUGCUCAGAUCAAACGACCACGAGGGUUUACAAAUCUGUUUGAAAGAUGGGACUUGGGUCGCUGUUCCACCUGAUCACUCCACUUUCUUCGUUCUUGUCGGAGAUACUCUUCAGGUGAUGACUAACGGAAGAUUCAAGAGUGUGAAACACAGAGUGCUAACAAAUACAAAGAGGUCAAGAUUAUCGAUGAUAUACUUCGCAGGUCCUCCGUUGACCGAGAAGAUUGCUCCAUUGUCAUGCCUUGUCCCAGAGCAAGAGGAUUGGCUUUAUAAAGAGUUUACUUGGUCUCAGUACAAGUUAUCUGCUUACAAGACUAAGCUUGGUGACUAUAGGCUUAGUCUCUUUGAGAAACAGCUUCCAUUUUCUAUAUCCAGUGUCUGA